AUGACUGACGCGCCCAAUUCCAGCGAUGAGCUAUAUCCCAUUGCAGUGCUCAUCGAUGAGCUCAAGCACGAUGAUGUUUUGCUUCGACUCAAUGCCAUCCACCGUCUGUCGACUAUCGCCCUCGCCCUCGGUGCGGAGCGUACGAGGGAAGAACUCAUUCCAUUCCUUGAUGAGUCAGUCGAAGAUGAGGAUGAAGUUCUCGUCGCUUUGAGCGAAGAACUCGGCAGCUUUAUCGAAUUUGUUGGAGGGCCACAAUGGGGGCAUGUGCUGCUGUCACCUCUGGAGAAUCUGGCAGCCAUCGAGGAGCCAGUCGUCCGAGACAAGGCGGUCGAGUCUCUCAACAAGAUUUGCGAAAGCCUCUCAACCCAGCAGGUUGAAGAGUACUUCACCCCCCUCACAAUUCGACUCUCGAAAGCCGACUGGUUCACCUCCAAAGUCUCUGGAUGCGGCCUCUACACCGCCCCGUACAAGAAGGUUUCUCCACCCAUCCAGGAACAGCUUCGCCAGCAAUUCGGCCUGUUGGUGCACGAUGACACCCCAAUGGUUCGUCGCCAGGCUGCCACCAACAUGGCCAAGUUCGUCAAAGAGAUGACUGCCGCUGUUGCCAUCGAAGAAAUGAUACCCCUCUUUCAACACCUCGUGCAGGACGACCAAGAUAGCGUCCGGCUUCUUACAGUUGAAAUUCUUAUUUCCAUUGCCGAGGUUGUACCCAAGGAGCAGCAGUCUAGCCACGGCGUCCUCUUGACGUCGCUACGAAAUUUGAUAGAAGACAAGAGCUGGCGGAUUGCGAAGGCUGUUGAUGAAGAAGUGGUCUCGAGGGACCUUGUGCCCGCAUUUGUCAAGUUGCUGAAGGAUAACGAGGCCGAGGUUCGGACAGCUAUUGCCGGCCAAAUCCCUGGAUUCUGUCAUCUUGUUGACCGGACCACGUUACUCAAUGAUAUCAUGGGCAGCAUUGAGGACCUCGUCUCUGACACUUCUCAGCAUGUCCGCGCAGCCCUCGGAACCCAGAUUAGCGGCCUGGCUCCCAUCCUUGGCAAGCAAGAGACCAUUGACCACCUUCUUCCGAUGUUUUUGCAAAUGCUCAAGGAUGAGUUUCCUGAGGUUAGGCUUCACAUCAUCUCGAAACUGGAGCUGGUGAAUCAAGUGAUUGGCAUUGACCUUCUCUCCCAAUCUCUGCUACCCGCCAUUGUUCAGCUGGCAGAAGACAAGCAGUGGCGAGUCCGUCUAGCGAUCAUCGAAUAUAUACCUCUCCUGGCCAGCCAGUUGGGUGUCCAGUUUUUUGACGAGAAGCUCAGUACUUUGUGCAUGGGCUGGCUCGGAGAUACCGUCUUCUCCAUCCGAGAGGCUGCCACACACAACCUAAAGAAGUUAACCGAGGUCUUUGGCGUAGCUUGGGCCAACGAGCAGAUCAUCCCGAAAGUGAUGGGCAUGGGUAGCCACCCAAACUACCUGUAUCGGAUGACGACCUGUUUCGCUAUUUCGACCCUUGCAUCUGUGGUCAGCAUGGAUGUGAUCGCUACAUCGAUUCUGCCUAUGCUGGACAAAAUGGUCGAUGAUGACAUCCCCAACAUUCGAUUCAACGUGGCCAAAACGUACUCGGUUCUGAUCAAUGCUUUGCGUCGUCUCCCUGAAGAGGGUACCCUGUACUCGCUGGAGAAAGAGGGCGUGGAAGUUGUCCCGUCUCCUCGUGGUGGCGAGCUGAUUCAGCAAAGAGUCCUCCCAAACCUAACGAAGCUGCAGAAGGAUGAUGAUGUUGAUGUUCGCUACUAUGCAACAACCGCAGCGGUUGAUGCAACGGGUUCUUCUGUGAUCGGAGAGCCCAUGAGUACUUCACCAUAG